UCUCUCUCUCUCUCCCCCCCCCCCUGUUUUUGUCCCCAUCAGGCUAGUAUCAGUAUAACGGAGUAGCGUCGCCGCGCGCCUCUCCGCCCCAAACCCUAACCCGCUCCGAUCGAGCCCAGGGCCGCUUGAUCGAUCCUUCGCCACGGGAGGGGAGCGCCCAUGGACGCCGCCACGACGUCCGGCCGCGCCGUCGACUGCGAUCCCGUGCCGGUGAGGGAUGAAGGGUACGUUGAUGCCUUGGUGAGGGCGUCGCUUCAUCUUAUCAGGAAGGAUUUCCCUCAUGAGGUCCGGGGACAUGGCGUCAGAUUGCUACAGCAUUUGAUGAGAUUCAGGUGGGAGGAAGUCAGCAUAAUAAAUUGGAGCAAAUUUGCUGAUGUUUUUAGUUUAUUAGGAGUUGAGUUGGGAGUCCUCGAUGAUCUGGUUUGGAAGAAUGCAGCAGCUGAUUUAGUUGCAGAGGUGGUUUGGAGCCAUGGAAUUUCUCUGUUGCAUGACCUAAUCCCCUGCCUUGUGUGUCUAUCAGCAAAGCGUGCUACUGAGACCGAGUUAGUCUGCUUUAUUCUGAAGUCAAUUUCUGAUAAUCGAAUUGCUCAUGUUUCACAUUUUGGAGGUGAUAAAGGCGAACUGCUUUCCUUAUCUGAGUUCCUUCCGCAGAUUUUGCCAUUCAUUUCCUCUUUGCUUGAGAAACACGUUGGAGCUGUUUUGGGUGAAAAAGAGAAGUGUCAGGUGGAAGUAGCUGAGGAACAUGCAUCUGUAGUAAAAGCUGUCCUAGAUGCAGCCAUUACAUAUGCAGGGUGGGCUCAUGUUGUUGAUCUGGGGAAGCACGGUCUUAUUAAGGGAUGUGGAUGCCUACUUUCUUGCAAUGAUUUCUGUGUGCACGCAUUGCAGUUUUUCAAACUUAUAUUGCAGAGGAAAAGACCUGUUUCUAUUGCGGUUGCAGAUCAUGAUUUUGCAGAUUAUCUAUUAUGUCCACAUACUACAUUUCAUUAUGUGCAAGCUUUACAUGGUGCAUUGAGUAUCUCUGCUAGUCCAAAGGAUUAUUGUAGUAGUUCAAGCAGCUACAGCAAUAUCUCUGGUACAGUAUCCCAGAAUACUAGUGUGCAGAAGAGACUGAGCUGUGAAAGCAGCAGCAACAACAAAAGUAGCACUGCAGUCGUAAUGAGUUCUCCUGAUUCCUGUAUCACUCUCAGCACACAAGUGGAGGGUAAUGAUUGUGAAUUAGAUCUCCAGGGUAAUGAUGGAGCUAGACGAUCAAACUCUUUCCACCACGUGGGCUGUCUACUCCUUGCAGAGCAGAAUCUUAUAUCUGAAGCAUUCCUUAUUGUGUCAUCCUGGUCCAGGAUUCAGCAAUACAAGGAAGUUCUUACUUGUAUACUCAGUCCUCUUAGCAAAAUUUGGACCCAGCCAGACUGGGAAAGUAAAUACACACAUUAUGCAUGGUGCCUCACAUGUCUAUUUUCUAAUAGACAGUUUGUGAAGAAUGUUCAUGAUGUGGUGAAGUCAUGGGAAGGGCAGCUCAAAAGGAGAGCAGAAGAGUCUCAUGCUAUCCAAAUGCCCGAUAAAUACUCAGUUAGUCUCUUAGGGUUGAUCCUUCCAUUGCUCCUAAGGUACCUUCAAUGCGUACAUGCCCUCUGGAAUCGAGAGAUUACUUUUGAUCUAUCAAAAAAGCUUGCAAAAGCUAAAAGAUUUGGGAUCGAUGAGGAGGAAGGUUUCCAAGAAAUUGAGAUGAGACAAUGGCUACAGGAUAUCCGAGAGAGUGGGUACAACGUCAUUGGUCUGUAUGCAUCUCUUGGGGGAAUGUUAUUUGAAUGCACAGACAGCUCAUGUUUUUAUGCUGCUAUCUUGAAAGAUCUGGGUUCAAUGGAAUUUUGACAUUUAAGCAAACUUAUCCAUCUGGUUGUUAUUCCUUUGGUAAAAAAUUGCCCAGAUAAAUCCUGGAAGAUUUUGAUAGUCAACCUGCUGCAACCCUUACUUAUGCAUUUUGGGAAUGUACUUGAACAUGCAUGGUCCAGUAUGUUGCAUCAUGGCCGAGCCAGAGUUCCAUAUCACUUUGGUAAUCUUCAUGGGUCUUUGGAAAUAGUUAGGAAAUUGGAAGAGACCCUUCUACUUGAAUUCACUCGUGAAGUAUGUGAUCUUCUUGGAGUUUUAGCACUACCAGAACUAAAUAAAGGGUUGACCUCAUUUCAAAACAGA